UCUCAUGAUACUAUAUUAAAUGCCAUUAUGCCAAAUGCCAAUAUGCCAUUGAAAAUUAGUGACUUGCUUAUCUUUUGCAGGCUGUUCCUGUGGCGUUCUUCUUCAUGAAGAGGAAGACGGAGGACAGUUAUAGGAGAAUACUGACAUACACGAAGAAUCAAUUGCUGACGUGGGAGAUCCAAUCAAUCACCACCGACUUUGAGAUUGGGCUGGUGAAUUCUGUAAGGAACAUUUUCCCCGACGCACGUCACCAGGGUUGCUGGUUCCACUAUACGCAAGCAAUUUGGAGGCACGUUGUAGUCGAGGGCCUGACCAACGUUAUUCACAACAAUUUUGAUGCGAAAAGAGUUGUGAAAAUGCUUAUGACGCUCCCACACCUUCCGCCCCAUCAAGGACCUCCCCAUGAUGACCGGGUCCCCCCAUAUGGCAUAGUUGAUGGCUUGAAUGCCAUAAACAAUUAUGUUGAUGAGGGACUCCUCGACCAUCGGUUGACGAGAGUCAUUGCAUAUGUCAGGAGGUAUUGGGUGGGGGUGAUUGGCGUGGAGAGCCUCUCCACCUUCCAGGCACCUCGGAGGACUAAUAAUCACCUCGAGAGCUUCCACACUAGGAUGUUGGCUGCAUUCGGAGUCAACCUGGAUGUGUGGAGUUUUAUACGAAAAUUGAGAGAAGUUGAAAGAUCAUCAUUUGAUGAUCUACAACGUUUAGACAGAGACGAUCCGCAACGUGUGCGUAGGGCUCGAAGUGACAACAACGCCAACUCUGAUGCAAUCAGGAUGGCGCUGCGGCGAUUAACGCGCCAGGAAAUUACACUAAUAAAUUUCCUGACGACGGUGAGCCAUUGUGCUGACAACCUGUUAGAACGGGGAUUUAUCCAACAGCACAAUGGCCUCCAGGAAGCGGUCGUCGUUGACGAGGAAAUAAUUGAGUGGAUGUUGCCAGUGGCAGGAGAGGAGGUGGUGGUGGCAGCAGAAAAUGUAAGGCCACCUGCCCGACGCCGCCGAAGAAGACAGCAGGGAGUCCUGCAGCGUCCCAUCGAGGCCCAGCAGCAGCCACAUGCAGCACCACGGUUGAGCAAUUGCGUGAUUUGUUUGAACAAUGAAUGUACGCACAUUGCUCUUCCGUGUGGGCACAUUUGCAUGUGCGAGGAAUGUGCCGAGCAAAAUCUAUUGCACAUGAACGGGCAGCCCCGUUGCCCACUAUGCAACAUACAUUGUACACACUAUCAAAGGGUGUACUUAAAUUUUCAGUAA